CUUUUAAUACAAUAUAUUUUGUGAAUGCAUCAGAAAGCGACGCCGGGGGCGAACAAAGCAACAAGUUGCACUAUCGAUCAGCAUGAAAUUCCGCUUUCUCGCUCGCAACGUAUUUCCACCCAUGAAUCAAUAAAAUGUAUCAAUUAAAAAAUUACAUUGUAUGUCGCGUAUGAAAAAUGAUUAAUACAGAGCACUUUGUUUGAUUUUGUUUGAUUCAUUGAGUCAACGUAUAGAAACAUUCGCAAUGACGUUAUUGAAGCGACGAGUCCGAUGACACUGGUCAAUCGAUCAAAACAUUUGUGGUGGAUUCUUCUUCUCUCGCGCAGACGCUACAGCGACUAGGAAGCCAGUCUUCAACAGUCGAUUAGUAGCUGUCGUGCCGUCACGUUGAAAUCAUGUGUCGGUCGGUGACUAAAGAUCUUCACGAUCACAGUGUGCAGUUGAAUCGGUGGUUUUUAAAGCCAAUAGGCGCGUGGCCGCAAGAACCCACGACUUCUAACAACGAGAAAGCUGUGUCUCGAAUUUUGAUAUUCAUCUGCUACUUCUUGAUAGCCUUCACCGUGAUACCGUGCGCAUUAAAUGUCUUUUUUGAAGAGAAAGAUAUCGAACUAAAACUAAGAGCAGCCGGUCCGCUGAGCCACUGGUUCAUGGGCGGAUUGAAUUAUUGCUCUUUAUUGCUGCGCAGCGCUGACAUACGUAAGUGCAUGCAACACAUGGAAAUGGAUUGGCGGAUUAUGAAGCAAUCGCGGGAUCGCGAGAUUAUGACGAGAAACGCGAAGCUGGGCCGAUUCGUGGCAGGUUUCUGUGCAAUAUGCAUGCACGGUGGCGUGUUUUCCUACAACAUCGUAUCCGGUAUGACGACAGUGAUGGUGUCGAUCGGUGACAACCAAAGCGUCUCGAUGCUCCAAUUACCUUGUGCCUUUUACAACAAAUUAAUAGAUACCAGAUACAGCCCGGCAAAUGAGAUUGUUCUUAUGACACAGAUGCUGUCAGGUUUCAUAGUGAACUCCACCACUGUCAGCGCUUGCAGUUUAGCUGCGGUUUUCGCUAUACAUGCGUGUGGUCAACUCGAUAUUUUGAUCUUACGUCUAGGCAAGCUCGUCGAAGGUGAAGAUGUGGAAAAACAUGAAUCGGUCCAUAGGAGGCUGGUCAAUAUUGUGGAUCACCAUCUACGUGUUCUAAGAUUUAUAGGGUUCAUCGAAGACGUUAUGCAUCAAAUAUGUCUGGUAGAAUUACUUGGAUGCACAUUUAACUUAUGUAUGCUUGGAUAUUACUCCAUUACGUGGUGGAAUAAGAUUGACAGAAAGGGCAUAGUGGCGUACAUUAUCGUAUACAUAUCCAUGAGUUUUAAUAUUUUUAUAUUUUGCUACAUAGGUGAAAUUUUAACGCAACAGUGUAAAAAAGUUGGCGAAAUAGCAUAUAUGACCGACUGGUAUCAUUUACCUCAUAAAACAGCCAUGAGUUUGAUCCUAAUUAUAUCAAGAUCGAGUGUCGUAAUCAAAAUAACUGCUGGAAAAAUGGUUCAACUUUCUCUCGUAACUUUCAGUGACGUGAGUAUCUUUCUUUCAAUAGAUUUCUCUUUAAAUUUUUUAAAUCAUCUUCGUCAUUUUAGGUUAUCAAAACGUCUCUCGUUUACCUAAAUAUGUUACGAACUGUUACAAUGUGAAUCUGCAUGUGAUCUAGAAGAAUCUCAAUAUUUAUUUACUUGCAUAGUAUUUUUAAAUAAAGACACUUAAAUAACAAA